CUCAGUGUUGCUGGCUUCUAACUCCAAAUGAGCUGAUGGUGCACACACUUGUCAAAUCAGCAGCUACUUAAUCUCAGGUGUGGCUGCUGCUCACAUUUAAUGGCAUUCUGUGUCGCACUGUGUGGUUAAUUUCCAAGUUUUCAAGGUUGAAUAUGGCAGCUGUUAACAGACCAUCACCAGCUCAGUCAGGACCAAAUGGAGGGAACAUACACACUCGCCCGAGCAGCGGUAUAACAAACUCUGGACAACAGGACCCAGGACCUCCGUUCCAUCCCCAACACCACAUGUCUGCCCGGCCUGUCUUCUACAUCCCUGCCCCGGCUCCACCCCCACCCCCUUUCCUCCACUACCAAUGGCCCAUGCCCUUCUCUUAUAACCCCUUUGCUGGCUUCCCAGGCAUGGGCUAUGGUAUGGUCAUGCCCCCAUUCCCUCCUCCCCCCUACAUGGAGUCUCCAGCCUACAUUAUGCCCAACCCUCAAAUCCAGCCAGUUGACUACAGGCGCUUCCUCCACCCCCAUUUCCAUGCUCCCAGUGCACCCUAUCAGAACCCAAACCAGACCCGCAGGGGUCACCUGCCUCAUGCUGUCCCUCCUAGAGAAACUGUAAACUCCGAGGUCCAAACAGAACCCACACAAAGAGGCCUAGAUGCUUUUGAUGAGGGAAGCCCGCAUAUCAGCUCAGAUUGUGGGCUAGGAACUGCCUCAAUCUCUCCCUCCUCUUCAAGCUCCAGCUCCCCAAAACGAGGCCCUACCAAGGCUGAGGACUAUACCAAACCCAGCAGUAAUUCAAAUGACUUGCAUGUUAACGGGACCUGCACAAGCAGUACAGUCAAAGUCAAGUUUAACAUCCCACGUCCUACUGCAACGAAGACCGUUGAGUCGUGUAUCAGAGCAACUCUAGAAACACUAGAGAACAGUAAAGACAUAGUUGGUCAGGAUAAUGUUCCCCCUUGCAACAUGUGGUCAGUGAGUUCUCCAGAUAAUUUGGUUCCUGCAUGUAGUUCUUUUCACCAAGAGGGUGAGGUUGAGGUUGUCAAAGAGAGACAUGCCUCUGUCCCUGACAUUCUGAUGAGUUGGGGAGCUGAAGUAGAGCAUGAAAAGUCAAUUUACCAGAGUCCAGUUGAAACAAAGAGUGGUCCAGUGGUGGCUGACUGUGCUGAUACUAAUGAGGGUAGUCUUAAGGACCAUGAAACCCCCUCCAAGAUUCUGAAACUGCCUUUUGGUCUUCAUGAGCUUUUCUCAGAAUCCAGAAGAGAAAAUGAGCUUGUGGGAUUGGUUAGCUCUGUGAGCCAGUGCCUACCGGACAGAGAUGAACCGCAGGAUUCCUUAAAUGAGUCCCAUAAGCUCCCUGACAAUGAGCAAGGAAAUGACAAUGAGACAAAUCCACAUGAAGACACUACAGAGAUCAUUCCCUAUAAAAUGUCUUUAAAUAGCUCUCAGAGAAAGAGAAAAAUGAAUGAGUCUGUAUGGUCUGUGGAGUCUCUUGCCCCCUUCAUCCCCACUAAGGAGUGGCUGUUGCAGAACAGCAUGUUUGAGCCUGAAGUAAUCAUUGAGACGACAGAGGAAGCUGAAAAUGUAAAUCCUGAACUGUCAACCCAAAAUGACAGCCUAUUUGUUGAAUCUAUUAAAGAAAGGAGGCGGACGCUCAGGUUUUCCUCUUCUGACUCUGUUCCGAUGUCAGACAGUUGGCUCAUUUUCAGUACUCCGGCUGGGAAGCAAAGUCCAGCAAAGAAACCAGAAACGGAGAGUGAAAAUUAUGCCUCUGAAAUGAGAGGACCAAAUCAAGGCCAGAGCAUGGCUCCUUCAGAAAAGGAUCCCGUAGCUUCCCCGAUUCAACUGCAAAGAGAAAUUAUUUCGUCUAACCCUACAGAAGAGGAUGUAGAUAAAAACAGGUCUUCUGAACCAGAGGCUAUUCAAUGCCCAAACCAGGAAUCUCUGAUUGUAAAUGAGCAGGAGGAGAAAAGUCCCCGCUCUCCUGAGCAACAAAAAACUCUCUCUUUGAACUCUGCAGCAGGGGAAACAUUCUCUUCUUCGGUCCAGCUGAUUCUCCAAAACAGAGUGGACAUGGAGGACAGAGGAAGUGAAAACAAAGGUGAAAGUCAACUGAGAAAUGAGCAACUGUGUGUCCCAAUGGCUGAACAGGAGAUGGCAGAAGUGUCUCCAUCAAAGGGACAUAUAGUGGACAUUGGCGUCCAGUGUACCAAUUUGCUGGAUUGUGUAUGUGGGAGUUUAAAGAGCAGCAUGCAACCAAACAGAAAACAGCCUUUUAAAUAUUCAGAUAUGAAGAAAGCAAACCUUGACAAGGCUGAAGGAUCCGGCAUGAAUGGACACGUGCAGAAAAACCAGAAGAGGCAUGGUCCAUGGAGGAACAGGUAGUGCAUGUAAUCUAGCGAUUUCAGCAAAACAGCACAUCAUCUACAGUCAAUUUCUCUGAUUGGUUGAUGAUCAAAUGCUUGCCCAAUCAGAUUUCUGUCUAUGCUAGUUACAUAAUCAUGAAUAUAAAAUGUAUACAUUUUCUCUUAAAUCCUUGAAUAUGGUGUAAAUAAGAUGCAUAAAAUUAGAAAUGAGGAUAAAAUAUUAAAUGCAUGUUUUAAUAAGCCAUCCCAACAAAAGCCUUAAAUGGUAAUGCAUUCUUAAAGCAUGUUUUGAACACACCUGCUUUGCCACAUUGAACAUCUUUUCAGUCCCACAUGUGAAAAUGCAGAAGCCAGAAAAUCUGUCAACUGAAUCUGCAUUUUCAAAUUGUAUUGUCAUCUUCAGGCCUGUGCAGCGUUAGAUGGAAAUGUUGCAAAAUUGACAAGUACACCUUUUUAAUCCAACUGAACAUUGCCCACAUCAAACCAGUAAGAAGAGCCCCCCCAAAAACCACACAAAUCUCUGUGAAACAACUGUUCCGACCUCAUCACUCAUAGUAAGAAGCUGAUUGAGAGAAUACAUUAACAGGGGAAUUUUAACCGCGUCAUACAUGUCAACAGAUAAGCAGAACAGCCAGCAGGAAGCCUACAACGGACAUGGUGGCAAACCUGGGAAAUCAAAAGGUGGAAAUGGAAGAAGUCCACGGUACUGAGCACCGACUACGUUCUAAAAGACAACACUCGUUUUUAAAGAAUCAAUUUAAUUAUACAUUUUUUGUAUUUCAAUAAAUGUUUUGUCAAUAUUAAAUUUUUUAUUUUUUUUGGAAGAUGGGUUAAAGAUACCUCUAUUGCAAAUGCGGGUUCAGUUUUUAAUCUUAUCACUUAAUGUGCAAAAUAUAAAAUGUUCUUUUGGUUCCUUCUCAUUUUUCCAGAGCUUGUAAUUUCUAUCUGUAACUUGUUAAAUAAUUGACAAAGACUAGCUGGCAAGACAACACCUUAGGGCUCAAAAAAUUAAAUGUACGACUUUGAAUAGUCGUCUGAUCCAAGUUUUGGAAUGGUUUUUGUUGCGACAGGAACUUGCAUGUCACUAGCUGGGAAUGCUUCAGAAGUCAGCAUUCAAUUGGAUGAAGUCAUGGAGUUCAGCAAUAUCUCUCAAAUAUGUUAGUGUGAACAUUAAAAGCACUGUUGGAUUGCAUGUGUUUAGGAAGUAUGAUUACCUGUAUAAAUGUGUAAAAUUCAUGUUGGAUACAAAGGAAUAUAUUCUUGUGCAAUGGUACAUGGCUGCAUUUA